AAUUUCUUCUCCUUUCUCUUCUCUUUUCUUCCCCUUCCUUAUCCGUGCUUUGGAGCAUUAGUGUUUGAGUCGGAUUGGGUUUAGCUCGAUUGGAAGAGACCAUUAACUUGUUGUUCUUGAAACCCUAACUCCCAAAGUAUAUAUACGAUGUCCCUUCCGCUCAAGAAACAUUGACUGUAGCUGCGCUCUUCAAUCUGAUCUCCCCCACCCUUCGGAAACCCUAGGAUCGUUCUCGUCUGACCUCAAGUAGUAAGUCAAAAAGUUCCUUUUCUCUGUUUGCUUGGUUUAUGGAUAUCUGCAUCUUGUUGGGCUGGCUCGCUAAGCGUUCUGAGUUUGUGUUAUCGGAUUCACUAUUCUUGUAUCAAACUUCUGGUGAUUACAAAUCCGCGGAAACAUGAGUUUCACCAGGUUUUGCCAUGAGAUCCAUGCUUUAUUUUGCUUGGAGAUCAGGAACGAUCUUUCCGGGUUCCUAUCCUUGUGCGUGGCAUUCAAGGGGGUAUUGUUACCGUGGACAGAGAAAAAAGGAAGAACUUUUAAACAUCGGCGAUGAAAAAUUCCAUCUUCGGCAUCGUGAUGGGGUUUGUGGAGAUGAACAAGGUUCCUCCUCUGGGGAUGCCGAAGCAAAAAUGUAUUCCGAGGAAAAUAAGUUUGAAAAAGUGGGUUUGGGGGUAGACAAUGAAGAUAUACAGGAUUUUGUGCGCCUUCCUGAAGAGACCUUUAUUGAUUUCUCACCUGGUGGCACACUCAAGGAAGAUGAUGACAAUGAUGAUGGUCAGAGUCAGCAGUAUGCUCAUUCCAAUCGCCGGAAGAAAUCCGUGGAGGAGAUAAAACAUGAAGCUGAUAGAGUAUUUGAAAUACUACAACAGGAUGGACCGGGCUUCAGUGUCUCAUCAGCCCUAGAUCAGCUGCAACUGAAAGUAUCCAAUUCUUUGAUCAGAGAAGUCCUUCUCCGUAUUCUCGUGAUGCUUAACAAUGCCAACAGUUUGCGGUGUGCAAAGUUGGCUUAUAAGUUCUUUGUUUGGUCAGGUCAGCAGGCAGGCCAUAAGCACAAUUCCAAUAGCUAUAAUCUUAUAAUGAAAGUAUUUUCAGAGGCUAAGGAGUUGAAAGCAAUGUGCAGACUAGCAGAUGAGAUGACAGAUAAGGGCUUGCCAAUCACUGCAUGCACGUUUAACAUAUUAAUUUGCUCUUGUGGAGAGGCUGGGAUGGCCAGGACUGUGGUUGAAAGGUUCAUAAAAUCCAAAAAUUUCAACUACCGACCUUUCAAACAUUCCUUCAAUGCAAUUCUUUAUUCUCUUCUUACCAUGAAUCAGUAUAGGUUGGUGGAGUGGGUUCAUCAAAAGAUGCUGCUGGACGGGUACUCUCCUGAUGUUUUAACCUUUAAUGUCGUUUUGCGAGCUAAAUACAUGUUAGGUAAGUUGGAUCAAUUCCACAGAUUGCUUGAUGAUAUGGGGAAAAAUGGGUUUGCUCCUGACCUCCACACAUAUAAUCUCAUGCUCCAUGUGCUCGGGAGAAGUAACAAACCACUUUCUGCACUCGAACUUUUGAACUAUAUGGAUGAAAUUGGUUGCAAUCCUAGUGUCCUUCAUUUUACCACUCUGAUCGAUGGGCUUAGUCGUGCUGGGAACAUUGAAGCCUGCAGGUACUUUUAUGAUGAGAUGGUUAAGAAGGGGUGUGAUCCAGAUGUAGUUUGUUAUACCGUCAUGAUAACGAGCUAUGUAAUAGCAGGAGAGUUUGAUAAGGGAUAUGAAAUAUUCCAAGAUAUGUUAGCCAGAGGGCAACUACCAAAUGUUUAUACGUACAAUGCCAUUAUCCGUGGGCUUUGCAUCACAGGCAAGUUUGAUGAAGCUUGCACAAUGGUGAAGGAUAUGAAUAGAAGCGGUUGCACUCCGAACUUCUCAGUGUAUAGCAGUUUAGUUGGAAGAUUAAGAAACUCUGGGAAGGUUUCUCAAGCAAAUGAUGUAAUCAAAUAUAUGAUAGAAAGUGGUCACUAUCUUCAUUUAACAAACCGAUUCAAGGGCUAUAAAAGAUGCUAGUAAACAGUUAUGCGGAUAUUCAUUUACAAUCUGUUGAUACCACUAUUUUAAUGCUGCGGUGUCUGCAGUACAAAAGCAAAGGAGUUCAUUCAUAUAUGUUUGUUUUCAUGCUUGAAGAAAUAAUAGAAAGGAGUUCAACCUUACUAUAACAAAGUUUAUUUGCCUUCAGAAUGUUAAAGUCUCUUGUAUCAGCUCAUUGUACAAGCCAUACACUUGCAGCCAGAAGCCAUGUACUAAAGUUUGAAAGCUAUUAUUAUCAAGGAGCAAAGUGUUGCAGGAUCAGCAAGCUGACUUUGAAUGGCCCAAGCCAAUUUCCAAGAAGGAUGAAGCAUCACAUGGAAGCACUAGAAUCUCACAGCAAGUUUGUCCCCCCUCUCUGGUCAAUUUUUCACCAUGAAUGCUUUUGGCUCAUGCUUAUCCAAUUCAAGGAGAGGGGUUUUGUGGUGGUUCCACCAACGCAUCCCUUUCCCACAAACUGCCCUACAAAUUGGUCAAGCAUUUGAAAAGCUGCUUCCCCUUGAGAGUGCUCACACAUGCUUCUCUGACUCAUUUCUUAUCUCAUGUUAUGUAUUAGUAGAUGAUAAAUUUAUCAGUAGAUUUCUUGGCUAUCCUAUCCAAGUGGAUUCACCUAUACACUUUCUAAAAUCCCUUGAAGAACUUUCAAUCAUCCUUCUUGAUGAACUUUAAUGUUUAGAUCCACUAGAUAAACUUGUUGACACUGUGGUUUGACAUUUUAUUAGUUAACUUUAAUAAUCAUUUUAUUAAUUA